AUGGAUCUUCGCGUCGACAUCGUCGAGGCGAGGCUCUGCCUGGACCAUCGCAGGAGGCCACCAGGUAAGUUCCCCCUCAGGUAAGUGCAUUUGCUCUGUUUCUUCCUUUUGUCUGUUGAAGUUGCGUGUCGUCUGCUGCUCUUGCUGCCUGCCCUCUGUAUGCUAGUCUGUCUGCUAAUAGCUAGACGAAACCCUUGCUGCCUGCUGCGACUGUCUGUCUGUCUGUCAGUUUAUGCCUCUCUCUGCUAAUAGCUAGGUUUUACGGUGCUUGACACUUGAAUAGUGCCCUCUCACUUCUGUCUCUGACUGAUGACUGUGUCUGUUUGUCCACUCUAGCUAGCUGCAAGUCCAAUAGCGUUAGGUAGUGUGUAUGCUCUCUCCUACUUCACUCCAUCACAUCACCUCACCACCAAGGUCCCAGGCUAAUUCGGGUCGUUCUCUCACUAACAAAAAGUCGUGGCCCAUAGUGGAGUCCGGCAGCCGUCUGGGAUAACCGGGCAGCCCUGUUCAGGUAGGCGUUGCCUGCCCCCGCGAGGGGGAGGGGGCUAGAAAAGGUGCCCUAAAGAUCGCUGGGAACCACGCUGCCUGUAGGAUGGCCGUGGCCGCAGACAAAAAACACACGGUCGAAACAGCCAAAACCGAAACAACAACAACAAUCACUCUGUUUCUCUUCCAGCCUAUUCUUCUUCUUCUCCUUCUCCUAAUUUUCGCCGCCGCAGUCGCCAGACUGGCAGGGUGAGCCCGCUCACUCUGGCAGCCUGGAAUGUUCGUUCUCUUUUAGACAAUCCGAGGGGCAACCGACCGGAACGGAGGACGGCGAUAGCGGCACGAGAACUGGCGCGCUACAAAGUGGACAUUGCUGCACUCAGCGAGACCCGAUUCUCUGAACAAGCCCAACUGGAGGAGAUAGGUGCCGGCUACACCUUCUUCUGGAGUGGUCGACCUAGGGCAGAGCGACUUGACGCGGGUGUCGCCUUUGCCAUCCGGACCGACAUCGUGGGACGAAUACCCUGUCUGCCGCAGGGCAUCAACAACCGCCUGAUGAGUCUCUGCCUGCGUCUCCGACGAGGAGGCAAAUUCGCCACCAUCAUCAGCGCCUACGCUCCGCCGAUGACCAGCCCCGACGCCGCCGCAAGAGACAAAUUCUACGAGGACCUGCACGCCGCCGAUGCAGUCGCUGCCGAGAACGCUUCCGUAGAGAACCGCUGGUGUCGACUGCGAGACACGGUCCAGUCGACGGCGCUCGCCGUCCUCGGUCGCGCUGCCCGACAACACCAGGACUGGUUCGACGACAACGACGCCGCCAUCAUAAAUCUGCUUACUGAGAAGAACCGCCUACACAGAGCCUACGUAGAUCAUCCCACUGAGGACAACAAAGCUGCCUUCUACCGCAGUCACCGACAGCUUCAGCAACGACUGCGCGAGAUGCAGGACGCCUGGACUGCUCGCAAAGCUGAGGAGAUCCAAGGGUACGCGGACCGCAACGAAUGGUAGAACUUCUUCUCCGCGAUCAAAGCUGUCUACGGUCCGCCGACGAAGGGCACUGCUCCUCUCCUCAGCGCCGACGGCAGCACUCUCCUGACUGAGAAGACGCAAAUCCUGCAGCGAUGGGCCGAGCAUUUCCGGGGCGUCCUCAACCGCCCUUCGGUCAUCUCCGACGCCGCCAUCGCCCGCUUGCCACAAGUGGAGACCAACGUGGACCUCGAACUCCCGCCACCUCUCCAGGAGACCAUCAGGGCCCUGCAGCAACUCUCCAGCGGGAAAGCAGCCGGAUCGGACGCAAUCCCUGCUGGGGUCUACAAGCACGGAGGUCCCCAACUGAUGGAUCACCUGACUGCGCUCUUCCAGGAGAUGUGGCGUCAGGGUGAAGUCCAGCAAGAUUUCAAGGACGCAACCAUCGUGUAUCUCUACAAGCGAAAAGGGAAACGCCAAGUCUGCGACAACCACUGCGGCAUCUCCCUACUGAACAUCGGCGGGAAGAUCUUCGCUCGCAUCCUGCUCAACCGCCUCAAUAACCAUCUGGAACAGGGCCUUCUGCCGGAAAGCCAAUGCGGCUUCCGUCGUCAUCGUGGGACCACGGAUAUGACCUUCGCCGCCCGCCAACUUCAGGAGAAGUGCCGGGAGAUGCGGACCCACCUGUACUCUACCUUCGUGGACCUGACAAAAGCCUUCGACACGGUGAAUCGUGAAGGAUUGUGGAAGAUCAUACAGAAAUUCGGCUGUCUGGAGCGAUUCACUCAGAUGGUGCGUCAGCUGCACGACGAUAUGAUGGCGCGAGUCGCGGAGAACGGAGCUGUAUCAGAGGCAUUCGCAGUGACCAACGAACUUCUCUUCGCCGACGACUGCGCCCUGAACGCCAAAUCCGAAGCGGAGAUGCAACGCAGCAUGGACCUGUUCUCCGCCGCCUGCGAGAACUUCGGUCUGAUCAUUAACACGCAGAAGGCGGUGGUGAUGCACCAACCUCCGCCCAACUCAGCCACAGCCCCCAACGCGCCGCAAAUCAGCGUGGAUGGGACUCAACUGCAAGUGGUAGAGAACUUCCCGUACCUGGGAAGUACUCUAUCUCGCAACACAAAGAUCGAUGACGAAGUCGCCAACAGGAUUUCGAAAGCCAGUCAAGGCUUCGGACGCCUCCAAAGCACAGUUUGGAAUCUCCACGGUCUCCAACUGAGCACGAAGCUGAAAAUGUACAAGGCCGUCAUCCUGCCGACGCUACUUUACGGAGCGGAGACUUGGACGGUGUACACGAGACAGGCACGCCGACUGAACCACUUCCACCUCAGUUGUCUCCGUCGCAUCCUGAGGCUGAACUGGCAGGAUCGAAUCCCCGAAACGGAAGUACUGGAACGAACGGGAAUCCUCAGCAUCUACGCCAUACUGAAACAAAUGCAGCUGCGUUGGAGCGGCCACCUGGUGCGCAUGGACGACCAGCGACUACCCAAACGACUCUUCUACGGAGACGGGUUCUCGUCGUCAAGGAGGCCAAAUUCGCCGUUACAAGGAUACUCUGAAGUCCUCCCUGAAACGCCUGCGAAUCAACCCGACCAACUUGGAAGAUCUCGCCCGCGAUCGUCCGACAUGGAGGAGAACAGUGAAGACGGGCGCUGCUAUCUAUGAAGCCAACCGAAUCGCCGCCGCCAAAGCGAAACGCGAAGCCCGAAAAAUCACAACUUCGCCCAGUCCGCACCGCCGCCGCACAACCCUUCCCUACGUGUCCUCGAUGUCAACGGACAUUCCGGGCACGAAUCGGACUUGUUGGACAUCUUCGAACCAUCUGUGCCUCUCGAACUGAUCCAGCCAUCGUCCCCCCGCCCGCCUCUUCCUCGUCCUCUCUGCUGCCAACAAACUCUGAUAACUCUUCUGCACCACCACUUCCAUCCUCCUCCUUCUCCUCCACUGCCCCAGCGGUGGCCGUUCAGGCUGCCGUCUCACACAUCACCAACCACCCCCACCUCUCCCGAUACCACUGAUGAGGGUCAGAACUACACCUGCCCACACUGCGACCGCACCUUCACCUUACGCAUCGGCCUGGUCGGUCACUUGCGAAUCCAUCGCACAGAGACUGGCGAACCAGUGCCUGAAGCACCAACCUACACCCACCGCACUCGCCUCCACUGCCCACACUGCACUCGCACAUUCACGCAUCGCAUGGGCCUUUUCGGCCACAUGCGCAUCCACGGGGGCGGAAUCGACCACAAUUCCGAUACACCAACCACGCCCGUCAUGCCCAGCACCACCCUCGCACCGUCCAUCUGCGCCACCACCAACGCCUCCUCUGUAGCUGACACUGACACCGCUGCUUUCACAUGCCCACACUGUCCACGCACAUUCACCUCACGCAUCGGCCUGGCCGGUCACUUGUGA